AUGACUCUCGACUCCAGCUCCCCGGCAAGAUCUCACUUGGUGGCUGCUUGUUUGCCCGUGGGCGGAGCAGUGGUCGUCCUAGGCGGCCUGGCGAUCUGGAAGCGCAAGCAAGCAUCCAAAGCUCAGGAGUCUGAGUCAGCAGAGUCGUUGCCUUUGCCUCCUCUUGUGUCAGGGGGCAGCUGGCUCUUUGGCCACUUGACAGAACUGGCGGGUGAGCAGCGCUAUGACACCAUCAAGGCUUGGGCUGAGAAGCACGGCUCGACCUUCCGCAUUCGCUUGCCCUUGUGGCACAGAAGUGGCUUCCUGGGUAUGCAACGUGCGCACGGAGUAGUGGUCAUGUCCAAGGAGGAUCAGCUCAAGGGCCUGGGCGGCCACGAGAGCCCUUUCGAGGAGCGCACUUCCACGGAUGUCAUCUUCGGGAACUUGAUCUUCAGCGGCUUGACCAUGGGCUGGCACAAGGGUGGGCACGACCAUGCCCAGAGGAAGAAAGAGCUGCUGAAGGCCAUGGCUCCGAAAGUGUUGAGGCAGCGGCUGCCGGAGCUCUUUGCUUGUGCCCAGGAGUUUUGCGACCGUGCGCAGCAGCAGGCAAGUGCCAGCGGCGGCAGCGUGGAGGUGCAUGCGAAUGAGGAGAUGGUGCGCAUCAUCUGCGACAUGUUUGCCAGCGCCCAGAUGACGGGCUACCGCAUGGGCUCCGUGUCGCGCGACGGGCCAGGCGACGCCUUCUUGAAUGACAUGGAUGAGACCCUGAACUACUCUCUCAGCGCCACGGGAUGGAUGGGGUAUCACCCCCUGAGCCGACUGUUCAUCGGCCUCUCGGGCCUCCUUUCUCCCGCUGGCCGCCAAGCACGGGCGGCUCGAAACCGAUUCUUCGAGACCGCUGCCACAAUCCUGGCAGCACACGAGCAGAAGGAGGCAGAUGGCCGCUACGAUGAGAGGCGAGACGGCGUGAACAUCGCGGGGGUGGUUGCAAAGCUUUACAAGCAGGGCAAGGUGUCACGCAGGGAUUCUGUGUCCGACCUGGUGAACUACAUCUUCAGCUCCCAUGACACGGGUUUCGGCAUGGCUUUCUGCGUCCACGCUCUGUCUUCCAGGCCCGAGCUGCAGCAGGCGUUGCGCGAGGAAUUGGAGGUGGCCCUUGCAAGCUGCGGCGGCAGCGCCGUGGACCUUGCAGCAGCUGACGCGGCGCUGUUCGUGUCGGCAGACGAGCGCCUGCCGCUUUUCAAUGCCGUGCUCAAGGAGUCACUUCGUCUAUGGCCGGCUCCACUGUGGCCUGGUACCUGCCCUUUGCUACCAACAGGUGGCUUGACCUGGCGGGAGUGCAGGAGGAGCAGCAGUCUCGGGGGCUUCCGGGUGCCCAAGGAUUGGAUGGUUUGUGUGCCCUUCUACCAGGCGCAGCGGGAUUUGAGUACUUGGGGCAGCGAUGCGGAGGAGUUUCGGCCAGAGCGAUGGCUGCAAGCGGGAGCAAACGUGCCAGUGGGUGCCUACACACCUUUCUCCAGUGGACUUCGCGCAUGCCCUGGCAUGAACCUUGGAAACACUGUCCUGAGAGUAACUCUUGCCACUUUGCUCUUGCGGCAUGACAUUCUGCCCGUGCGAAAUCCUAGGGACACCAGCAUCUUGGCACUUUACCACGGCGGAUUGCAGUGCGCCCUGCGGCCACAGGUGCGGGAAGAGCUGCCUUGCCUCAUCAAAUCGAAAGGCAUGCAGCGUGAGCUCAAGGCUGCGCCAAAGCCACCAUCAGCUGUCGGCAACGGCCACAGCAAAGAAUUGCACGACAAGCCCCUGCUGGUGCUGUACGGCUCCAACAUGGGAACCUGUGAGGAGCUGGCAGACCGUUGGGUGAGUCUUGGUGAGAUGCUAGGCAUGCCUUGCAGCAAGGCGUCCUUGGCUGAGGCCAUCAGCAGCGACGGCCCCGUGGAUCUUCGUUCUGCUGGCACAGAUUGUAUUGUUGCGAUCAUCACCAGCACGUACAAUGGCCAAGCCCCAGACAACGCGGUGGACUUCGAAAGAUGGCUCGAGUCCGAUGGGGCAAGCGCUACCGUUCGAAACCUUCGGUUCGCUUGCUUUGGCGUCGGCAACCGGCAGUGGACCAACACCUUCUUGUCCUUCCCCAGACGUUUGCAAACUCGCUUGGAAGAGCUCGGUGCUGUGGCGCUGGUGCCCAUGGGCGAGGGCGAUGCGAAUUCAGGGCAAGUGUCGUCAGCCUUCGAUGCUUGGAAUCGCUCUCUGUUUUCAGAAAUCUUCAAGACUUUCAAGCUGCCAGUCCCUGCGGGCAUCCAAGAUUCUCUCAAUCCAAGCUUCGAGGUCGCGCUGCAUGUGGGCAUGGAAGCCAGAGAGAUCCAGGGUGGGGAUGCAACGUUGAUCUUGGAAGACGCGCUGGCGCGGGCCAAGGGCAGCUUCUUGAAGAACUGCCGGUCUUGGGUCACGCAGGUGAGCCUGAACAGAGAGCUCCUCACGGACGAGGCAGUAGCUCAGGGGCGUUCCACCCGCCAUAUCGAGGUGGACUUGCCCGAAGGUCACGGCUACAGAGCCGGUGACCAUCUCGGGGUAUGGGGUGCCAAUCCGGAUGAGGUGGUAGCAGCUCACAUGGACUACUUCCGUUUGCCUCAUGAUUCCGUUGUCUCUCUGUCUCUGCUCCGGGAGUCUGAUGCAUCAUGCCUGGUACCACUGCGUCGCAAGACUGACGUCUGGAGCACGCUUGCUUACUGCUUCGAUCUGCAGCAGCCCGCAAGCAUGGCGCAAAUCGGAAUUCUUGCUCCUCUGGCUGCUUGCCCCGCAGAGAGAGCUGACUUGGAGCAACUUUCCAGCGAUGCUGGAUGUCAUGCGGCAAAAGUCCUGGCAGGCAAGCGGACGCUGUUGGAGAUCCUCAAAGCUUACGGCUCCGUGAAGCUUCAGUUCGGGAAGUUCCUGGGAAUGUUGCCCGCGAUGAAGCCCAGGUUCUACUCCAUUUCAUCGUCCCCAAUCAAGUGUCCGAACAGCUUAAGCAUCACGGUGAGUGUAGUGACAGGCACUACGCCGUCAGGCAGGAAGCACAUUGGAGUCUGCUCGAACCACCUCAAAGAGCAGCCUCGAUUGCGCCCGGCAAGUGUAGGCUUGCCUGCUGAUGCUGAGCAUUACAUGCCACUGAUCCUGUUCGUGAAAGAUUCUGGUGGUCUUUUCAGGUUGCCAGAGCCCAACGUUCCAGUCAUCAUGGUGGGGCCCGGCACAGGCGUCGCUCCCAUGCGCGGCUUCCUACAAGAGCGUGCUGCGCAGGGGGCCAGAGAAAACAUCUUGUUCUUUGGCUGCCGUGACCGACACGAGCUCCUUUACCAGAGUGAAUUGGAAGAGUUGCAAGCUUCCGGAUACCUGAAGCUGUUUGUUGCGCUUUCCAGGGAGCCUUCGGUACCCAAGGCGUACGUUCAGAACCUCAUCGAGCAAGAAAGCGAUCUGGUAGUUGAUUUCUUGCAGCGAGGCGCACGCAUCUACGUGUGUGGAGAUGCCUCCAGGAUGGCGCCAGAGGUUCGUGCCACAUUCCAGCGCGUUGCAGAGAAGAUCGGAUUGGGCGACUCCUUUGUGGCAUCGAUGGUGAAGCAAGGCCGCUACUGCGAAGACGUUUGGGCCUGA